GACGGGCCUGUCAUGGCUGCGUCUGACUCGUUCACCAUAACCAUCAACGGUCUCGGAGGGCAUGGCGCUGUACCAGAGGGCACUGUCGAUGCUGUGCUUGUGAGCGGACACCUGAUAACUGCUCUGCACUCGAUCGUUUCGCGGUAUGUUGAUGUGGUUAUGGUUCUCUUUUUGUAUAUACCCACUUCGUAG